UUUUACGACAGUUUAACGACAAUUUUGAUCGGAAGUUGAUCCAGGAUGCCGGCGUUCUUGUGCACUCGAGCAUCAGCGUGGUCUUUCAGCUCGAAACUUCUUUGCAAGUUUGCGAAUUUUCCUACUCUUCGCCCAAGCAGCAGUCAAAGGUUUUCAGCAAGUCGACAUUUAUUUUUGCAGUCAAGCACAAGUCUGAACUGCGCUAUUUCUGAGCAGAGGAAAGGCCUAGCGCCAAGACGGACCGGGCUGAAUAUUUUUGUACAUAAUAUCUCCACAUACCGCAAGAAAAUGUCAUCUUCGCGAUCAGACCCUGGCAUGAGGCAGAGGAUGGUGUGGGUGGACUUGGAGAUGACAGGACUGGACAUAGAGAAGGACCAGAUCAUUGAGAUGGCGUGCCUCAUAACAGAUUCAGAAUUAAAUGUUUUAGCUGAGGGUCCCAAUUUGAUAAUCAACACAACCGGCGAACUGCUGGAUGGGAUGGACAACUGGUGUAAAGAACAUCAUGGCAAUUCUGGGUUGACACAGGCAGUGAGGGACAGUAAGAUCUCGCUGCAGCAGGCUGAGUACGAGUUCCUCUCUUUCAUCAGACAGCACACCCCACCUGGCCACUGUCCCCUUGCAGGGAACUCUGUGCAUGCGGAUAAGAAGUUCCUGGACAAGUACAUGCCCCAGUUCAUGCACCAUCUCCACUACAGGAUCAUCGACGUGAGCACGAUCAAGGAGCUCUGCAGACGGUGGUUUCCAGAAGAAUACAAGCUUGCACCACAGAAGAAAGCGUCUCACAGAGCACUGGGCGAUAUUCAGGAGAGCAUCAAGGAACUGCACUUCUACAGAGCACAUGUUUUCAAAUCGCAGACAGAGGAAAAGAAGCGCAAGAUAUUGCAAAAUUGCGACGGCAACAGUGUUUGAGGGUGUUCCAAGACAUGUGACCCACCUGUCACUCAUCACGUAACCUUGAUGAGACAAGCGUGAGGCGUUUUACCCUGCACCUGUUCCGGACCAUGUGAACCCUACACAUUAUUCACUUGUAGAGAUCCCAUGGACUUUUCCCAGAUUUUCUUGUUACAGCCUGAAUUUAAAAUGUAUUACAUUUAGAUUGUGUCACUGGCCUACACACAAUAACCGAUAAUGUGAAAAUAGAAUUAUGUUUACAAAUGCAAUCAAUUAAAAGCUGAAAUGUUUUUAGUCAAUAAGUAUUCAACCCCUUUGUUAUAUAAAUAAAAAAGUGCUUAAAAGUCA